AUGGCUCUCAUCGGGGGCCUCGAGGCACCCGCGGGCCGAGUCAUGGGACAUGCAGGUGCAUGGACUGCACCCGGCCUGCAAAAGCGCGGCUAUCACGCGACCAGACGCACGACUCCAGCCUCGAUCGUUGGCUAUCAGCAGAAGAGAAGCCUCUAUCUGAAGCAAGCGCAGGCACUCGAAAUUUUGAAACAAAAGUCUGUCCCAGUGGCUGAGGAAGACAGUGGCUCGAACGGACUCAUUUGCAUAUCCAUCGAUCGCUCGGCCUUGUCUCCAUGCAUAGUGGCCUCCUCUGAUCCAGAGUCAGAUCCCCGUCACUUGCGGAGAAUCCCAUUUAGCUAUGGGCAGGCUACUGUGGAGAACCACCCGAUGGUGGCCGAGCUCGCAGACCAGUUGAACAUUCCCUCCUCAUCUCGAGAUCAGCUGGGAAGCAUAGUGCAAGCUUUGUGGGAGAUAUUCAAGGAGAAGGAGGCCUUUGUUCUUGAAUGUCAAAUCGGAGUAUCUGCCGAUGGCACCGUUGCUGCUCACGGAGCUCGAUUUGGAUUUGACGAUGCAGCAUAUCGUAGCUCGGGUCGUCAGGAAGAGAUCCAUCGCCUGCGAAAUACAUCAGAGGAGGUUCCAGAAGAGGUGGAGGCUGAAAAGUACGGCAUUGUCUAUGUCAAGUAUGUUGUUGCCAGUACAUUCCUCGGCAAGCCAGCAGGAUGCUAA